AUGGUUAAAAUGUCAUCAUCUAUCACCACUACUCUCGACAAGGACGUCUUUGCGCUGGUUUUCUACAGCGAAGAUGAAAAUCCCUGUGGCUGGUUCCAUGACCCUGGAAGCGAAAAGCAUGCAAAGUUGCUUGUGUGCCUUACGGUGUUGACUGAAUUAAGAAUUGGUGUCACCGAAGAUUCUCAGUGGGAAACACGACCCUAUACGGAUGAAGUCCAGAAAGCAAUCUGUGAGAUAGGUACAGGCGGACCCUAUGUCUCUUAUAUCACUCCUUGCACCACUGCAAACCAUAAUAGUGAUGUUGCCCUUGAAUACAUUGACUGGCAAUGGGCAUUCUGUGUCCGGACUUUUUUUGUAAAUCAGAACUUAUAUGAGUUUCAUAGAAAGUCUAAUGACUCCGACUGGGAGAUCAAGCUCAUCGACGAAGUGGAGUCGGGCAAGACGGCAUCGUGCAUAAACACGGAAGGCAUCCAUGUCUACUUUCUUGAAGAUGAAACCGGAAACGGUUGGACUUAUCACAAGGCAUAUGAUGGAGAGGAAUAUACAAAAACGCCAUUGGGACAGCCGGGCGACUUUGCGAAAGUCACUGAACUGUGUGCUGUCAGUCGUUGGUUCGAUGAGCCUCGCCUGUUCGGACUCUCCGAUGGAUAUUUGAAAGAAUUUCAAUACAACGAAUCUCGAACGCACAUCGUCGGCACUCCUAUCACAACAGCCCGCAGUGGACUUUCCUCGCUGUCUGCGUCAAUUGAACAAGAUCGCCGUAACAGUCCUGAAACAAUCAGAUUAACUUAUUUUCCGGACGAUCAAGACAUCCUGGGAACAUAUGUUUGGACCCAAGCAGAGGGAUGGAAACCUGGGCCCCAGAUUGUCUAA